AAUGCAACCUAUCAUCCUUCUUGAACUGUCAUUUUUAUUGUUAAACAUUUGCGAACUCUCCUUCCAACGGGUUUAUCAGAAAAAUGCAUCAUCCAAGAGCAAGAAUGGAUGAAAUUAAAACAAAGUUUAUGGACUUGCUGCAUAAACAGACCAAUAGGCAGUUGAAAAUACCAGCUAUGGGUUUCUCCGAUUACUUCAUACAGAGUGUCACAACUGAGCCUACGGAAGUUUCUGCAAAUAAACUGAAAGCUGAAAGCAAUGGACCAUCGUUAUCACCAAGUGGUAAAAGUGAUGCAUCUAAUUCCGAUAAUCUUAAUACUAAUGCCCACGCACAAAAAUCCGACCAGGAAAUACUGGAGAGUAUAGAGGAAAUAUAUUUUCAACCGGAAAGGGAGGAGGGGCGCAAUGUGCAUGGUCAAUAUGAACUUCAGAAAGUUCUUAGUGACGGUGUAAAUUUUCAAUUAAUUGAUGGAACGAUUGCACAAUUGCGAACACAGCAUAAAGUUCUAUCAAAACAAGUACUACAAAACAUAUUAGAGCAACGUAGCGCUUGCAACGAGGAGUUUGCAUCCAUUAAUGAUAUACAAAAAGAGCUGGAGGAGUCCCUGUGGACUUGUCGAAAAGCUCGUUCUUAUUUAAACUAUGCAAAAGUCAAUUUAACCACAACAAGCCUAGAAAUAUUAGCAUCUUAUCGAAAGCGUGAAAUACUUAAAGAGCUUUUAAAUACUUUGCUCGCAAUUAAAAAGCUGAAAUCAACUGACGUCGAAGUGCAAAAAUUUCUUUCCGACUAUAAUUACUCUGGUGCAAUUGGUUUGCUGCUUAAGUGUAAAGAUUCUGCUGCUGAAUAUAUGCAAUACAACUGCGUGCAGUCAUUGAAUAAGAAGCUACAGGAAACACUUUUGCUAACCGAGUUUCAGUUAGACACAGUUCUCAACGAGAUGAUUUUGAAUUUUGAUAUGCGAAAGUAUGCGAAGCUGCAAGAAGCUUACAAACUGCUGAACAAAUCUCUAAUUGCUAUGGAUCAGCUGCACAUAAAUUUCAUCUCGGCUAUACAUUCCUCUGUAAACUCAGUUUUACGCGCCUAUAACGACCCUAAUAUUGAUGAAAAUAUGAAAUUCCUUUUCGAACAACUUUGUGAACAAGUGACUGUGGACAAAUACAUUUCUUGCUUGAUCAGCUUAUGCAAAACAUUCUGGACUAUAUUGGCGUCCUACUAUCAAAUUGUUGUUUGGCAUCAAAAUUAUAAACUCUAUCCUAUGGACAUGGAAGACUCGCCCGAUAUAUAUAUACAGGAAAAACUGAAGAAAGGUCAAUCACGCAUUUGGAAUGAUAUUCUAACAAAGAUAUGCACUUUCCUACAAAGCACCAAGCUGAAAACGCUGAAGUAUGAUCAAUUCAUACAAGUAUUAUCCAUAGUACAGCGUUUAAAAAAAGUUGGUUUGGAGUUUUGUGGUGAACAGUCCGAGAAAUUGAUUGAAACAAUGCAAGUGCAAAGUCAGGAAUUUUUCCAACGUUAUCACAUAACAUGCCUAGAGGAGAUAUGUCUCUUUUUGGAUAAUGAAUCGUGGACAAUGGUGGAUUCGUUUGUUAAUAUACUUCAGCUGCCGGAAUUUCGUUCUGUACGCAAUACGUUAAGACGGCAUAAAUCACCGCCUGUCGCACACUUGAUCGUCUCAGCGACAUCGGUAAAUAAUUCACCAACAAGCAAUAACAAUUGUGACGAGUUAGUGUCGGUGCAUUCGCAAGACGGUGGUAGUUCCAUUUACGGUUCCUAUGGUUACUUUCUGCGUUUCUCUGAGAAGAGUUCACCAUUCGAUGGCGGUCUGGAUGUGGCUAUGCUUGAAGAGGACAUACUCUCCGGAAUUGUAGACGAGGCAUCCUGCUACUUUUCAGAGGAGAGUGAUGACGAGCAGAAAAGCAUGCAAAGCAAAUACGAAGAUGAAGCUGGCAUUACGUGUGUUAUUGUAAACAAUACAACACUGAAUGUAUUCCGUUGCAUUGGCCGUUACCUACAAAUGUGUAAAUUGUUGCAUUGCAUUUCACCGAAAAUUGUGGCGAGCAUGUUGGAAUUGAUGGAUUUUUAUGCCUAUGCGGUGCACGAAAUUUUCGGCAAAGAUGCACCCGUGACGAUGGAAAAAUUUUACAACGCACGUCUUGAGCAAAAACUCCAAACAGUUCUGGAUAAUGUUGUAACAAAUAUAAAAAUUUGGCCACUAAACUUUUCAUCACUGAUUAAUAAUGAGCUGGCGAAUCCAGAUACUCUGUACGGCCUUUCACAGCGCAUAGUUGCGAUCGAGAGUGGUCAUUGUAUGACACAGCAGUUUCAAACACUACACAAUUACCUCAACCAUUUGUUACCGCCACAAGAGAGACCAAUGCUAACGGCUUAUUUCGAUUAUAUUAAAUUCAUGACUGAUAUUGCACGCCCAGUGUACACCUGUGUUACAUCGCGCGUCAUUGAUUUGCCAGCGGUCUUAGCAAUGAUCACCAAAGUGAAAUGGGAUGUCAAUCACGUCAGCUUUCACCAUAAUAAUUAUAUUGAUAUAAUGAAUCGGAAUAUUCAAAGUUUUGCAAUGCGUUUGGAAGAAAUCGCUAAAGAAAUAAAUCUACCUGCGGAAACUAUAUGGAACUCCAUGGCUCAUGUCGCGACGCAUUUGCUAGUAGAAGGUUUCUCGAAUGUAAAAAAAUGCUCCGCCGGCGGUCGUGCGCUAAUGCAACUAGAUUUUACAAAUUUUAUGUCCAUACUCGAGUUGAUUUCAAAUCAGAAAUAUCCGGCGCAUCGCAUUUAUGUUGACAGUUUUAUAAAAGCAUAUUACUACUCAAAUGAACAAUUCGAAGAAUGGAUUGAUGCACAGCGCAAUCUGGAGCAAUAUUCCACAAAGCAACUAACCAAUCUCAUACAAUGCGUUUGCGUUAGCGACAAACGCACCAGACAAAAACUAUUACAAUUAUUAGGUGGUAAUAACACUAGUGUUGGAAAUGGCAAUAAUCUCAAUUUAAGUACAAGUAGCACAUAGUUGGAAUAAUUUAAGCCAUGCAAAGCUAUAUUAAGCGCCAACUACUUGGCCACUGCACAAAUAUUUAUAAUUUACAUAUCCACAUUUGUAUAUUUUGUGCUGUUCAAUGCUAAGUUAAUGUCUCGAAACAUUCCACUUUUUAUUUAUAUUUGUAGGCAAUUUUUACAAAUCACUUAUUGUUAUUUAUGUGUACAUUAGGGUGUCCGUUAUUUCCCAAGUUGAUUUUGUGUUUGCAAACGCCCUCUUAAGCUUCAGUUUUUGCUUUACAAAAAAUUAUCCAACGUAAACAAACUCUUUAUUUUCAAUUGAAACCUGCCUAAAUCAUUUUACUUUUCCCAUACAUUUUACAUGAGAUUUUUUGAUCUUUUGCAAUAAAUUUUUUAUCUCCCAAGCAAAUAAACCUACAACUUUUAAAAAAUUAUAUUCUAAUACAAAAUUAUCCGCUCUACAAAAAAGGUCUUAAUAAUUAAAGUUAAAGUUUUCCAUUGAAUGUACUGUAUUCAUACAGUACACCAUGUCGUAUGAGCAACACAGAACGUAUAAAUCGCUUGUAUGAAUGCUUGGAUCCUUUUUGUAGGCCAAAAACUGAAAAUUCGGGAGGGUGGACCCCUAUUGUACAUAUUUAUUAACACAAAUUUAUUUAUUAUCUAUUUAAUCGAUCUCCUAUUAAAUCUACAUUACUCGAAAUGAUGUACUUCAAACUCUCUAAAAACUCUCUUCACUUAUGAUAUUGAUAAAAAAAAUUUCUUUACACUUCGUUAAACGGAGUAAGCUUGUGUAACUUGAAUCUCGAAACUUUAUUAUCUCUUCUCAUAUACCUAUUUUUAUAUAUACUUACAUUUAAUAGUCAAUUUUAUUUAUACACACAUAUUAUAUAUUAUUAUAUUUCGAUUAUGUACCUUAUUAGCUUGUUAUAUAACUUAUAUUUUGUUCAUCUGAUAACUACUAUAUGUUGGUACAUGAACUAAUUUGUGCAGCUUGACGGACAAAUAUUUCUAGCAUCUGUAAUAAAAAGCAACAAAAAGUAAUAUGCAACAUAUUAUACAUAUACAUACAUAUAUACCUUAUACAUUAAUACAUCGCUGUUAAUGUACUGUAAUCUAAAGUAAACGUAUUUAUAGCGCAUAAAUUUUAAAGUUGUAUUAUAAAUGAAAAGAAAAUAUAAACGACCAACAUAUGUCGGCGAUUGCGCUUACAUAUAUGUUUCGGAAUAAACGAUAUGGCUGAAGAUUAA